AUGCCUCGUGGUAUUGAAUACGAAGGUGGCCAACCUGUGGCCUGGACUAGGAAGCGAUCGUCGAAGAGUAAACGUAAGCCACCCUCAAGUGGUCGCUUGCCGGCGUCAACCAACGCACGGGAAAAGCCAAUGCAUGGUGCUGACACUGAGCCACCACUGUCCUCCCUUUCCAACCUCCUCACAACCUACUCGAAUAUUGGUGAGCAGCUGAGGGAGAUAGAUGAGGAUGUUGCCACAUUCUACUCUCCACGCGCAUUCCAGCUGAUAGAGACUAUGAGUGAGUCAUCCGAAGGACUUGACGCUGGUACUGCACUUUACCUCGAGAUUGAGGAUGACAUAGUUUGGGAAGUGAAACGCUUGAGCCGCGAAGCGAACGAUGCAUCUCAAUCGUCCUCGGCAUCUACGCUCAGAAGAUCCAUCAAAGCUAAGGACGGCCUUACGAAAAACUUCGAGAGGACUCUUGACAGAGCUACCGCUCUACAGCGCAAGAUUACCAGAGCUAUACAGGAGACACAACACCACAAAGAAUCUGCAAAGACUUAUACUGAAGGUCACAAGAAAAGAGCGCAGUCCAGGCGGCAACGUUCGCAACAAGAAAGACCGCUUGAUACAGAAGCGUCAGUACCAGAGCAAGCGAAUAGCAAGAAGGAACGUGUACUGGCUGAUAGUACACAUUCAGAGCAGACGCUACGCGCCCCUCAGUUGCGUAUACCAUUAGAGAAAACGGAAGCAGCAAGCGCUACGACUGAACUGCUCGAACUCUACAAUCAUUUCACAGACGGGCUCGAAGACUUGAACGGAGAGCUGGAGAACGUCUACGACAGAGAAGUAAGCUAUCUGCUCUCAGUCGCCCGGAACAAGGAGAGCAGCAAAACCCGCUUGGACAUUGUAUCUAAGGCACAAGAGCAGAUCAAUCGUGUUCUUGAGCGCAACGAAGAAUUACGAGAUAAAUUUGAACACGUAACUGAGGGGCCGACUUUUAAGGCUGCUGCAGCCAGUGAACAAGGAAAUAUCGACUUGCUAGCUGAUUCAUUAGGCAGAGUCAAUCGCCUUGCUGCUGUCAUUUAUGAGAAAAUGGCAGAAGCGUUCGAAACGCCACGUGAAGCUCUGUCAAAAAGCCAACGCGGUAGACACGCUCCGAGAAAGAUCGUCACUGAUGGCAGAACCGAUAAGCUCAAGGCGAAGCAAAAGGAGUUACUCAAACUCUGUGACCGGCUCCAGAGGCAAUAUCCUCCCAAUGUCAACAGUCACAGAAAGGACGUUCCCGAACCUAUGCGUGGCAAAGGGAAGGCUAGAGAAUUGCGAUACCCAAACGCAUACAGAUCUUCUAACAGUCUUGCGAGCAGUUCUGGCACAGCUGCUGCAUCAGCAGAAUUGGGCACAGCAAAAGAGAACGAGGAUCGUGGACCGAAUCUGCGAGAUCUGUUCGAGCAAUUUGACGGAAAGCUGACCUUGAAUGCUGCAGAUGCCUGGCAGUCUGAGGCCGGCUCGACUAGGUCCGCUAGGCUAGAGCGGUUUCGACGGAACAAGGCGACGGCAGAAGCAAGACUGUGGGAUCGCAUUGAAGGUGAAGACUGA